CAUUAUUCUGUUAGACUUGGAGGGUGAAAUUUAUAGGGUUUUUUUCCAACUGGUUUAAGUAGUUGAAUUUUUAGUGUUAGUGGAUUGGAGACAUUACUAGCUCUGGAUUGUAGGAAGAAUGUUUAUAUUUCUCCUCUGUUGGCAAUCCAACCUCUUGUUUUCCCUUUGGGAGCUAAAAUGUCAAAUGUCAUCUUUGUGAUUGCCUUUCAUGGAAGCUUCCCAUUCCAGGAAGUGAUAAUACUGCCUCUUUGGUGGCACCAAUUUUAAGCAGACUCGGGUAGAUCAAAUUACAAGGCAGCUGAAGUCGGGGCAACUCAAUGUUGGGGAUAAAACAGGCUCGCCAUCAAAUGCUGAGCAUGUGGAUGACACUUCUCCCAAUACUCAAGUUGACAGUAAGAAAUCAGAACUUUUGGAGAUUGAAAAAGGGGAAAUUAUUGGUGAAAUACUAAAACUGAAUCCAAGUUACAAGGCCCCACCAGAUUAUAAGCCUUUGUUGAAAGAGGCAAUAGUUCCUCUUCCAGUAAGUUUGCGUGAAUGCAUCUUACUAUUUCUCAUUUCUUAUCUCCUCAACUAUAAUGCAUUUGAGUUAGUGGCAAUGUAAAUGAAGCUUCUUUCGUAGUCUUGAGUAUGUUGCUUGGUAUCAAGAUGUUCUAGUGAGAUAACUAUUUAACACUGGUUUUCAAUUUUCAAGUCUUUUUGUGCAGCAGAGCAGAGAAACUAUUAUUUAGAAGAUUGUCAUUAGCACUAAUAACUGCAUGUGCAAGUUUCUGUCUAUUUCUUCAAGACAUCAAGGCCAUCACCAUUUAAACUUGUUUUGACUAUUGUAGCCAAACUAUGUUUUGCUCUCUGUAUCUCCCUUACCCCUUUUCAGAUUUUAAAUUAUCCCUCCUCCUUGUCUUGCUUAACAUAACACUUGCACUGUGUGAUAACUGAUAAAUAUGUUUCUUUUGCAGGUAAAAGAAUAUCCUGGAUACAAUUUUAUUGGCCUAAUUUUUGGUCCUGCAGGUGAUACUCAGAAGCGUUUUGAAAAGGAAACUGGAGCCAAAGUGCAAGUAUAUGGCAUGAAAGCAAACUCAGGAGACAAGGUUGAAGUUUCUUCACCUGAUAGUAAUGACAUCCGGGACACUUAUGAAGAGUUGUAUGUUCAAAUAUCAGCUGAUACCUUUGAGAAAGUUGAUGCAGCAGUUGCACUAAUUGAGCUACUAGUUACUUCAAUAUCAGGAAAUUUAGGUGCUGAUUCAAUGUCAACUUCAGUUUCUGGGGAAGAUGUGAAUCUUCUUAGUCAGGCACAGGGCUCAGCUGCUCCUUAUACAGUUCUUACUUCAGUCAACCUAGGAGUGCCACAACUUACACCAACUUCUUCACAAGGCCAGUUUCAAUACCAGGGUCCAUGGCCCCUGACAGGCAUGCCAUCUGUGAAUUUAUCAGCUCCAGUUCUCAAUAAUCCUGCAGUUGCACGGUUACCAGCUUCAAAUGCACCACCGCCUUUUGGGACUCAACCAGGUGUGGCUUCUGGAUACAAUUCAGUUCUUCAAAACCUAUCAUUUGUUCCCACUAGUUCAAAGCCGCCUAUACAUCCUUUUGGUCAUACCGGCCACCCAAGAAACUUUCCUCUGCUCGCUCCAAACCUUUCUGCAGCUCAACCCACGAUUUCAUCUCCACUCCCUAUCAUAAGGCCAUUAACACCUAUGUUUCCUCAACCCACAUCAAGUGUUUUAUCAAGACCAUUACCAGAAAGGCCAGUGGUCCCUGCUGUGAGCUCUGCAGGUUGGUCAGGAGCUCCUGCAUCCCUAGGUCCAAGUAACAUGGCACAAUUGGCUCCAGCAGUAUUUCCUCCCCAGGGUUCUCACCCUCUGGGCAUGCUUCCAGGUGCAGCAUCCACUUCCAGUCACCCUCCAAACUUUCCCACAGGACCUUCUGGACCCCAGUUAACCAAUACCCCCAGUAACCGGCCUGCUUCCAUGGCUUUUGCUCCCAGUCCCCCUCCUGUGGGACCUCCUGCAGUAUCAGUUCCUCUGCAUCCAACACCAGUGCAUGCCCCAGUUCCAAACCAAUCUUCUGCACACGCUGCUCAAGUGGCACCAUUACCAAAUCCAUCUAUAAGUCAUGCAAUGGGAGCUACACCAAUUCCAGUGCUGUCGACAGCACCACCACCAUCUGUGCAGGUAGUUGCAAAUAUUGGUCCUAUGAAUCCACUAACAAUGACAGUUUCAAGGCCCCAACGUCCAAGUUCAGGUGAUUUUACUUUUCAACCUCACCAGCCACAUAAUCCAGCCUCUCAAAUGGUUCCAAGGCCAGGCACUCAGCAGUCAACUACCAUUGUUCCGUCUCCUGGGCCAAUGACUCAAAUGCAAGCACCCCAAGCACCAUCUUUUCGGUUUGCUGGGCCCAAUUUGACUCCUCAACCUGUCAUGCAAUCCUUCCCUAGGCAACAGGGUGGCAACCAAAUUGGUCGGCCUCAAGCUCAAAUAUCUUCAGCACCAUUUCCUGGUCAACCAAAUGCAAUGACUGGUCCACCCAGACCCCCAGUGUUCCCCGAUGCAGGUCAUGUCGCAGCUGCAACUCCAGUCUCACAAAUGGGAGUGAGGAACUUCAUUCCAGCUCCCCAAAUGCCCAAUAUGGUUGUUCCAUUUCCUCCCAUGCCAGGGAAUUCUAUGCAACUUCAGCAAAACUAUCCGGCUCUGCCACCUCGGCCAGGAAACUAUAUGCCACCAAACCUGCAUUUUGCUAACAGUUUCUCCCAGUCUACUCGGCCAGCCUCCACUCAUUCUAGGGGACAGCAAAAUUAUGAUCCGUUUUCACCGACUUCUGUAUCUGUUGCAUCUCAACAGAAGAGAGGUAGUCUUCCAAAAGAAAGGAAACAGGAAAAUGAUCCUGAGUAUGAGGAUUUGAUGGCCUCUGUAGGAGUUAAGUAGGCAUAGCAUACUGGGUUUGUUUGGCUGAAACAAAGGAGGAACUGAAAUUACAUGGUGUAUAGAUUUUACUUUUGCUUCGACGCUGAGUAUCCAUUUCUUUCAAUUACAAACUACAACUGUUACUGUCUUAUGUGCUUUUCAUUGAAGGAUUUUCUAAUUUGCAUCUUUGUAUUCCGUUUUGGUUCCCAUGCUGAAUCUGAAUGUGAAGUUGAA